CACACACACACACGCACGCACACACACACACACACACACACACACACUUAACAGGAUUGAGGAAACUUACACUGACAGCAGCAUUGUGUGACACUGGACGAUUCAUGCUGUCCUUGCCAGUGCUGGGGAGCGACCAUGUCACCAUUUCUUCGAAUUGGUUUGUCCAACUUCGACUGCGGGUCCUGCCAGCCGUGUCAGGGAGAGGCCGUCAGCCCCUACUGCGCCGUGCUCGUCAAGGAGUACGUGGAAUCGGAGAAUGGGCAGAUGUAUAUCCAGAAGAAGCCGACCAUGUACCCGCCCUGGGACAGCACGUUUGACGCCCACAUCAACAAAGGCAGAGUGAUGCAGAUCAUCGUGAAGGGCAAGAACGUGGACCUGAUCUCCGAAACCACCGUGGAGCUCCACUCUCUUGCCGAGAGAUGCAGGAAGAACAACGGGAAGACGGAAGUCUGGUUAGAGCUGAAACCUCGAGGCCGGAUGCUAAUGAACGCGAGAUACCUUCUAGAAAUGAGUGACACAAAGGACAUGAGUGAAUUCGAGACUGAAGGCUUCUUUGCUCUGCACCACCGCCGAGGAGCCAUCAAGCAGGCCAAAGUGCACCACGUCAAGUGCCAUGAGUUCACUGCCACCUUUUUCCCACAGCCCACGUUUUGCUCCGUCUGCCACGAGUUUGUGUGGGGUCUGAACAAACAGGGCUACCAGUGUCGACAAUGCAACGCAGCCAUUCACAAGAAGUGUAUCGACAAAGUUAUAGCGAAGUGCACAGGGUCAGCCGUCAACAGCCGGGAAACCAUGUUCCAUAAGGAGAGGUUCAAAAUCGACAUGCCGCAUAGAUUUAAGGUCUACAAUUACAAGAGCCCAACCUUCUGCGAGCACUGUGGGACCCUGCUGUGGGGCCUGGCCAGGCAAGGACUCAAGUGUGACGCAUGUGGCAUGAACGUACAUCACAGGUGCCAGACAAAGGUGGCCAACCUUUGUGGCAUAAACCAGAAGCUAAUGGCUGAAGCGCUGGCGAUGAUCGAGAGCACUCAGCAGGCUCGCUGCUUGAGAGAUUCUGAACACAUCUUCAGAGAAGGUCCUGUCGAAAUUGGUCUCCCGUGCUCCAUAAAAGAUGAAGCGAGGCUGCCGUACGUUCCAGCUCCGGGGAGAAGAGAGCCUCAGGGAAUCUCCUGGGAGUCGCCCUUGGAUGAGGUGGAGAAGGCGUGCCACCGUCCAGAACCUGGACUGAACAGAGAAAGACCAUCUCUACAUAUGAAGUUAAAAAUCGAGGACUUCAUCUUGCACAAGAUGCUGGGGAAAGGAAGUUUUGGCAAGGUCUUCCUGGCAGAGUUCAAGAAAACCAAUCAGUUCUUUGCAAUAAAAGCCUUAAAGAAAGACGUGGUUUUGAUGGACGACGAUGUGGAGUGUACAAUGGUAGAGAAGCGAGUUCUCUCCUUGGCCUGGGAGCAUCCGUUCUUAACGCACAUGUUCUGCACGUUCCAGACCAAGGAAAACCUCUUUUUCGUGAUGGAGUACCUCAACGGGGGAGACCUGAUGUACCACAUCCAGAGCUGCCACAAGUUCGAUCUCUGCAGAGCAACGUUUUAUGCUGCUGAAAUCAUUCUCGGUCUGCAGUUCCUUCAUUCCAAGGGAAUCGUCUACAGAGACCUGAAGCUGGACAAUAUCCUGUUAGAUAAAGACGGACACAUCAAAAUAGCGGACUUCGGGAUGUGCAAGGAGAACAUGGUAGGAGAUGCCAGGACCAACACUUUCUGCGGGACCCCCGACUACAUCGCCCCGGAGAUCCUGCUGGGCCAGAAAUACAACCAUUCCGUGGACUGGUGGUCCUUCGGAGUCCUCCUGUAUGAGAUGCUCAUCGGCCAGUCGCCUUUCCACGGGCAGGACGAGGAGGAGCUCUUCCACUCCAUCCGCAUGGACAGCCCCUUCUACCCACGAUGGCUCGAGAAGGAGGCCAAGGACCUCCUGGUGAAGCUCUUCGUACGGGAACCUGAAAACCGCCUGGGAGUGAGGGGAGACAUUCGCCAGCACCCCUUGUUCCGAGAGAUCAACUGGGAGGAGCUGGAAAGAAAGGAGAUUGACCCGCCGUUCAGGCCUAAAGUGAAAUCACCGCAUGACUGCAGCAACUUCGACAAGGAAUUCUUGAAUGAGAAGCCCCGGCUGUCAUGUGCAGACAGAGCUCUGAUCAACAGCAUGGACCAGAACAUGUUCAGAAACUUUUCCUUCAUGAACCCGAGGAUGGAGAGGCUAAUAUCCUGAAUCCCACCUCCCCAGGUCCACGAAGGGAUCUGCCGUCUCUCCUCUGUGAACUGGCCCAAGUGACAAUUCCUGGGUUCCUUUUCAUCUUGGAAAAGAAAAGAAACACUCAACCACAAAGGCUGAGCCCACCGCGCCCCUCGCUGGCUGCGCAGCAGAAACCAGCUCUGUGCCACUAACGAGGCCCCUGGGUCUUCCUUCACAGCCACGCUUGACAUCAGGUCGUUACUAACCACAGCUAUCUACUUGAUGAAAGAUGGUUCUCCGAGCUGUGAAAGAUUUGAAAACUUAACAACGCUCUAAAUCGUGGCCCUUCCCUUGAGCACGGACUGCUGAUCAGUGAAAUCCUUGUUCACUGAAGGCACAGCGUGAGCACGAACUCCUGAAAGGCUGAACCAGCACGUGGCCUGGCGUGACUGUGGCUUCCACUCUGCCACAGACAAGUAACCACUAACCCGUUUUACUCUGUUCACAUCCCUGGAAGGUGUAAAUAAGGGGUGGGGGAAGCCCUGCGUAGGUUCUUAUGGGAAUUCUUCAUAAUAAACGUAGCUUGUAACUUGAGAUUUACAAAUCCAUUCAUUCUGACUAGCUGUGAAAUUCGUGGGAAAGAGAGAAGGUGGGGAGAGUUCGUGUCAUUGAUAUGGAAGGUUUAAUACAGCCCUAUUCUGGUUAUCGUAUCGUAGUAAUCAAAUUUCGAGUCCAACCAAUAUAGAGACAUUCUACUGCAAAUAAAACCUUUUCAUCCAUCCACUCUCAGCUGAUCUCAGCAUCGGUGGCAGCCUCUCAUCACCAUCCUCACAUUAGAACAAGAAAAAAAAAAUGACGUGCGUAAUUCUACUAGAGAAGAGAAAACCAAUCUUUUUAUUACACCAUUACGGGUGAUUUGAUGACUCAUAAGUCUCUUGAGAUGUCGUUCAAGAUAAAGACCCAUGCAUGCCGUUUGCAGCAAUCUUAUUUAAUUAGAAUUCUAGCUAUACAUGUUUAAAGUAUCUGUGCUGUUUGUAUAUUUUGGUAAAAUGUUGUGACUUAAUGACGAAGAGGUGAAUAUAUAAAAAUGGAAUAAAAGAAAGAAGGAUGCCUCUGAA